AUGGCGUCAAAGUCGGAGUUGAAGACCGAAGACAUAUCAGCAGAUGAGAUGGGAGGUUGUUCAGUUGAGGUGACUGAAGAAAAUCGUGAUGCCUCACAAGAAGCAAAAGGCAAGGCUAUGGAAGCAACGUCAAAAGGAAAGCUCGAAUAUGCUGUUGAACAUCUUACCAAAGCAAUACUGUUGGAUCCAUUCUCAGCAAUCAUGUAUGGUACUAGAGCAUCUGUGUUUAUAAAAAUGAAGAAACCACUUCCUGCAAUUCGUGAUGCAAAUGCUGCUCUAGAGAUUAACCCAGACUCUGCAAAAGGCUAUAAAAUAGAACUCGUGGAACGGCUUAUGCCCAUGCUUGGAAAAUGGGAGGAAGCUGCUCGUGAUCUGCACACAGCACCAAACACGGGUUUAGUGUAUAAGAAAUUGGAAACUCGGUCCGUCGCUCGCACCCCGUUCCUCUCCUCCCUUGCCCGACUCCGGCACUCCGCUCUCCCGCACGAAACAGGUUACCAGACCUAG